GAUUGUUGUUGAAAAAUGGCCGCAUAUUCUUGGUUACCGUUCAAAAAGUCAUUUUUAAAAAGGGGAUGUAUGAAGUAAUCUUGACAGAGGAUAUAUGAAGUGAUCCUGAAUGCCAGUGAGAACAGAGGAACAUUGCACCAUGGAGCCCUCAUCUACUCUGGGUGUUGCCCUGGAUCUGAUUCUUAAAACACUAAUAGCUUCACAAGAUUUCACUAAUCUUCAAACCAAAAAUUGGGAUGCCAUAGCAAGGCUUAUUCCAGGAUCAACUCCGGGACAGAUUGCAAGGCGAUAUGAGGAGCUUUUGUUGUCUGGAGAUGUGUAUGCCAUUAACCAGCUGGAGAAAAACUUUGCAAGCUCAGGCAGCUCCCCUCAAAUUAGUCUCUCGGAACCUGCAGACUUAAACAUUAAGACAGGGAGCAACGGUGGUCCAGGGUCUGCCCGACAAAAAGGAGACAAAGAUGACAAAGAUAAUACAGAUAACAAGAAUAAACUGGGAGGUCGUAAAGCCAAUGAUCAAGGACCAAUCAUGACAAUCCAUGUUUGUGACGAAGCAAAGAACUCCCCUGAUCCUAAACAAAACAAGACACAACUUGCAGUGAAGCAAGAUUUCCACUGCCCUCGUGACCUGCUUGUUCAGGAAAUGAAGUACUUUGCAGAAUAUUUGUCUACCGAUGCCCAGCGUUGGGAAGAGGUGGAUAUCUCCGUACAUUGUGAUGUUCAAAUAUUUGAUUGGUUGAUGAAAUAUGUUAAAAGGGGUGCAAAAGAACCACCAGAAAAACCCAAGCUUGAGGCAAAUAAUGUAAUAUCAAUCCUGAUUUCAUCAGACUUUCUGAAAAUGGAUACUUUGGUUCAGGAGUGUAUUGAAUAUUGUCAUGAGAAUAUGUCUGCCAUUGUGGCAACUCCCUGCAACAUGAAUUGUAUCAAUGACAAACUUGUCGGAAGGAUAGCUGAUUUGUUUACUCACAAUGAAGCAGAUGAUAUCAAAGACAGAAAAGAUAAAUUCAAAAGUAAACUUUUUGCCAAGAAGUUGGAGAAGUUGUUUGAUUCUGAGGUUGUGAAUCCUGAUUCACCUAACAAUGCUUCAACUUUGUUCAGGUGCUCAAUUUGCAAAAAAAUAAUGACACAGGAUUUGGAAAAGAAAAUCAAAUGUAUGCCAAGCAGAAUGACAAUAGAAAAGCGAGGAAAACUGACAUUUUGUCACACAAAGGACCAGAACUUUGAUGUCAAUGACUACUUACUGGAACUAAAGGGUCAACUGAAGUCUUGGCGGGACGUGUACUGGAGAAUCUGGGGGAUGAUCAACCACCUCACCUGUACCAGGUGUAAGGAGAUCUUCCCCUGCAGUGACUUUGGGCACUGUAAAUACCACCCCGAACCUCCCAGGUUUGACAAUGAGACGGGGGUCAAUUCCUGCAUAGGAACAUAUCCUUGUUGUCAUCUGAAGACUUUACGCUUCGAUCCAACACAACAGAAUAAGGGUUGCCGAGUUAGGGACCACAUAGUGACGGCUGUGCAGACGGAGGUGAACGGCUCAGGUGAAAUAGAUCUGAGUAAAUCGCCUCAGAAUCGUGUGUACGAUGACUUACUGUCACAUAGGGACAUAGUUUGUGUGCCAUAUCAAAGACUAACAGAUGCCAGAUUUGGAUCUGGAAGUGAGUUGGACUUGAAUGUGUUUGAGAAUGAAGAGUUUACCACAAGGACAAAGAAGGACCAUGGUAUUGCCAUACACCCAUCUCUCAUGUCUGCUGCUGAUGAUGAAAAGAAGUCAGGAGAGUUCCUGCGCCCGGUGCCAAGACUGCAGGCCCUGACGGUGGAGAAAGAGCUGUCAUUUGAGUAUGACGACAUCGGGAUGGGUGAGAGUGACGAUGAAGUUGGGGAUGACGAGACUCCAAAAGGGACAGGUCGGAGAGCCAAAGGAUUCCGGAGGUCCAGAGUCACUAUUGAUCCACAAGCAAUUCUACUGGAUGCUCCUGAUUUUGACCAAACCAAGAAGUCGACGUGGGACACUGGUCGCUCCAUGAGGUACAACCAGGACGCCCAGAGACAGGAGGAUCAUAGAAGAAUGAAAGAUAUAAGGCAUUACUUGACCCGGCUUAGACUUAACCCAGAUAAAAUAGAUAAACCAAAGAGAGAGUUUGCUGGAGGUGCUUUUAGUCGCUUAGAGGCUCAAUGGAAAAUCAACAAUUUGCAACAACAAUCGAAACAACAAGCCAUGAACUCCUUCAGAGGUCGCGGCGGGCCAAUCAGACGAGAGCGGACAUACAUGAGUUAGCCUCCACAGAGCUAAGCCAGUCCGUUUCAACCAAAUUAGAAACUCCAUAUCUUGACCUGUUGCCUAGAUUACUCCAUAUAAAUCAACACCAAAGAAUGUGGCCUUGUUUCUCAAUCAAUAUACUUAUAAUGAUUUAUAGAUACGUUGAAUUGAAAACUUUGUAAUCUUAAUAAAACUAUGAAUUUAUCUGUUAUUUUAUGUUGAAUUUAACUUUAAAAAUAAU